UGUGAGGCCUUUGCAGACCCUUUGUGUGCAGAUUAUCACCCAUUCUUCAGGCAGGGGGCGGGAGAGAGAUACUGAGGAGCAAGCCAACAGCAGCAGACUCUUGGAGAUCUGCUCUCACCCUCACCACCACCACCACCAAGCACCAUCACCAUCAGCGCUGCGUAAUCAGGCAGGUCCAGGGCUGGGGCACCGAGCCACACAGAGCUCUGCUUAUUGAUAAGACUCCUUGGAAGAAGAGGACGCCAACAACCGAGCUGACCAGCGACUUUUUAUACUUUUGGAAACAUCACGGUUAAAAAUAGAGGUCUGGAGUGGAUUUUAACCUAUUUUUCCAAAACAGGAGGAAUAAUUUAAAGUUGUCUUACUUUGUGAGCAACCUGGAGAGUUUCAUGGUGUCAAAUUUGGACCUUUGAUGUUUGGAAAUGUCGUGAAUUCAUCUUUUUUAGUGAAUGUGUUGCUUUGUUUUUUCGCUUUUAGCCGAAAACGUGCGUUUAAGCUAGGUUGUGCGCAAGAAGAGACUGAACAUCACUUUGAAGAACAAAAAACUUGGAUUUUUAUCAUUUUAUAAGGAGCUUUUUUAACACUUGAAACUUCGUUGCUUACCGUGCACGAGCACUUUCAUCUUCUUCGUCUGUUUCUUCUCCUUUUUCGGAUAUCUGCUGCUGCAGAGAGACGACAGUGAGAAAGAGAGAGGAGCCGUCUACGCGCGCGCAGUUCCGCAGGGCGAGCCGCUGUCCCCACGCGCGCAGUGCUGAGGAGAGAGGGACUCUCGCGCUUCCAUAAAUGCCCGGUCCGUCGAAGAGGCUCGAGGCUGGGCAGCAAGAUGAGCUCGUGGGUACAGCUGCUGCUCGCGCUGCUGGUGGCGUGUUUGCGGUGUGGCGUCGCCGAGGAGGAGCCUCUGCCUGCAGCUCUGGUGGAGCUGGUUAGAAACAGUCCCAUCUCCUCCAUAGAGGACCUCCAGCUGCUGCUGUUCUCUGACUCCGUAGAUGAGGAGGAUGGAGUUUCUGCCAUUGGAGGUCACAGACUACCAAGAAGCCUCGACGCUCAGCCAGCUCAGCAGGCUCUGUGCAAAGUUCGCACUGAGGUGGUUGAGGUUACACGGGCGAUGUUGGACCGCAGCAACGCCAACUUCCUGUUGUGGCCGCCGUGUGUCGAGGUGCAGCGCUGCUCUGGCUGCUGCAACACCAAGAGCCUGCAGUGCGUCCCUUUUGUCACGCACACCCGAUACCUGCAGGUAAUGAAGGUAGAGUACGUCAACAAAAGACCCACCUAUGCCAAAGCAGUCGUGUCGGUGGUUGAUCAUGUGGAGUGUCGAUGUCAGCCCUCUCCUCGUCCUUCUGUGCCAAAGAGAAAAUCAUCUCGCAGACAACACAACCAGCAUCGAAACCAGACUCUUAGCCAUGGACACACACAGGUCAAGGUGCACUCCAAGGAUGAGCUCCACCAGUGGGAUGAGCUGAAGCCAAACCAGCGUGCCCACUUGGAGGAUCUCCUGGAGCAGAACUGGAGCCCCAGAGGAGACUCCUUCAGCCAGCCCCGACAUGGAUACAGCCUGGCCAAAGAAGAAUCGCUUCUCUCUCCACACUUGGCUACAAACUCCACCAGACUCCAUGGGACUAAAGAUAAUCUGGAGAAUGUGGAAAGGAGGAAUGGCCAUGUUUUGAAUAGCACCACGGCUGUUUACUCAUUGGAUAACGUCAGCAGUUCUCAUGGUAAGGAUACUGAAGGGAGCAGGAAUACACAAACCCAAAGCCCAUUAAUGCCUGAAGACCAAUCCAAAAUAUCAAAGGGCCACACAAGUGGUUUCUCCUACUCUGCUACCCACAAUCCUCAGCUCAGAUUCAGACCAACUAAGGCGCCUAGCUUUGAAAGGGUUGGGACCAGAUUCCGACCAACCAAAGAGCCAAAUCCAGAGCCGCGAGAACUUGGUAGAAAAAGGGGCAAUGAGACUCCUGAGGAAGCAAGGACAUUACUGAUUGAGGAGAAACUGGAGCAGGAGAAAAAAGAGCUUCUACUUCUUCACAAGAGGCUGGACAAAGAGAAGGAGUUACUGAGACAGCAGCAGAAACAAGAGGAGGAGGAUAGGCAGAAAGCAGUGGACAUGAGUCGUCACCAUCACAUGCAUGGUAAACAUCAUCACCAUCAUCAUCUGCAUACAACAACGACAACAACACAAAAACCAGCAACGACACCUACCACCACCACCACCACCACCACCACACGGCAGCCUUUAGCGCCUGCUGGCCCCGUACCCCCAGUCCGUCCAAAGAGAAGGAUGAGGAAGAAUCGCAAACGGAUCAGCAAAGCAGCCAUGAGAGCAAUGCUAAUGUAGAAGUAAGGGCCACAAAGUGAACUUUCUGAUCCAGAUGUGUAGCAGAGUGACUCCCUUCAUGUACGUGUGUAUUCACCUGUUGGUAACCCGCUCGUCCUGUGAGAGAUCUCCUCCGUAACACUACUAAUGACUGUAUAGUGAACCUGUAACUACACCUGUGUGGACGGUAAGAGGAAGAUGGGAUAAAAAUAAAAGGUUGACCUGCCUCUACAGUGAUGUGGAACCUGAAGACUGUCAAGUGGAACAGAACCGCUGUAGAGCUGUGGAACAAAGUGCAAUUUCUAAACUCUCCUGGAAACAUUGUUUUGAUAUCAACAGAGAGAAACUGCACUGGAAAGUGGACACAGAAUAUCUUGCCGGGAUUAAAAAAGACAAGGUUGUUGCUGCAAGACUUUCAGACUGGACUACAAAGUGCAUUCAGCAGAACAUGGACAGGAUUCUUCUGGUGCAUUGAAGACUCUUUUAUUGUGAAUGGACAAUCAUCAGCAACAAGAAAAUGUGACUGAAAUUUGUGGUAUUUCCAUGUGUUAUUGAACUAACACACAGAGGGCUCAGUGUUAGGAAGAUAAAGUUGUGUAGAUUGUCAGAACCAUUGCCUGAUAUCAUUUAUUGGCUCCCUAAAACAGCACUAGCCUCUCUUCUAGCAUAUUUAAUUAUAUUUAACUCAUUGUGAACACUGGAACAACCAUCAUGAAAACAAAGAGAAGAUGCUUCAUUUGAAAGCUUUUACAUUUAAAAAGGUGCUAUCUAAAUAUAAUACACCUGCUACCUGUCAUGCUAUGUUUUCUAUUUAUAACUCUUAUCCCUUCCUAUUCUUUUUUAUACAAAUACUGCAAACACAGCAGGGCUGAGAUACAUAAUGAUGUAUUAUGAUGGCUGGGUGGUUUUAAAGAGGAUCAGAACGUCAGCGACUUCUCAGGAUCAUGCAGUGUUUAACUUCAAGGUCAGAAAAGUGUGCAUGUGUGCUAGUUUCGUGCACCCUAAGUGUUACUUGUGUUUGUACCAGCUUGUGACACACCUGUAUUUCAGCUCUGGAUGUGAGGCUACAUAUACAUGGAAAUGGUGUGAUGACAACUAAAUUGUAUUUCUAUAUCAGUUUCAAAUAGUUCUGCAUUCAGAAGGGAAUUUGUUUAUUACAGCCGUCCACAUAGAUUGGCAAAAAUGACUGAAAGUGCUGGACAGCAGUUGGUGUUAUGGCUUUGUAAUGAAACAACAAACGCAUGCUCACAUGCCUCAUUCCGCAAAAUGGUGCAGUAGUAACAUACAAAAACAGCUAACUCAGAAGUUUUCUGGACGAACGAUAUGGUGGGUUACAACUCCAAGUGACAGAACUCACAAAUCUGCAAUUUUUGUUGUAGUCCAUGUACUUAAACAUGGCUGUUGGCUGGAGCUGUAAAAUAAAUGAAUGUAAAGCUGGAGAUACACUGUGCGAAUUUCAUCCGACUCAAAUUUUAAGUCGCAAGACUCACUUGGGAACUGCUCCAACUUUCAAUCCGAUCAUGUGUCAAUUGUUACGUAUUAUACAGGGGGUCAUGAUGCUCACCAUGACCCAACUACUGUAUGUCCAGACUAGCUACUCCCGACUGGUCGAAUGGGUUGAUAUUUUGGUCAUAUGACUGCACACACUCCCACAGUGAGAGCAGAGCUACGAGCAGAAUCCUCAACUUUUGGGCAUUUUUUUCCCUUGUAAACUGUCAGACAACGUCUUUAAUCAUCAUGAAAACAGCAGGAAUGACUUUCUAGGAUAAAGGAAAUAAACAGGCAGGAAAAUAUGCCUCCAGUUAAUAUGGAGGGCAACAUCUUUUGUUAGUGUAAUAAAAAGAAAGAGGAAGAGAGAGAAGAUAUGACUAGAUUUGAAUUCAACCUCAGCAGUGUGAGCACUCAGGUCAUGCACCACCAUCAGGCCAUAUAGUGUGAGCACAUAAAUCUUGAGUGAUGGUCAUGGCUUGAAAUCGCACAGUCUAUGCCUGGCUUAAAUCUCUGUUUUCAGAGGGAAUUUCGUAUUGCUAACCUGCUGGAUAGCCUGUUGCCCAUAUCCAUCGCAUGGGAUAUAUUUCACAUUUUUCUGGGCGACAGCCCAUACAUGGUGUUUGGGGAGAGCAGAGCCUUUCAAAAGAAUUUUUGGAGGGUGACUGGACAAACCUGUCUGCCACAUUCAUUAUGGGCCAAUCAGAAAGACAAAACUUGUCUCUAAUGUUGCAUGCUGGCAUGUCUGAUGACAGACAUCAACUCUAACCAUUCUAUUAUCUGCAAGGUUACCGUAUUGCCAGUUUACAUGAAAAUAGGUGGCAUUUUCAAUUGUUGUGCUCAGAAUUUUCAGAACCUUUCAAUUUCAGGCACCCAAAAACCCAUUUUUGUGCAAAUAAAUGGCCAAAAGUGUAAACAUAGACUCAUUGGGCAUCUACCCAUUUCUGUCUCUCUCCAACUUUCUUUUUAGAAUCAAUCCUAAUUAUUUUUUGAGGACUGAUGAAACAUCCACCUACAACAUAUUUUCACUUACUAGCCGUCUGCAUUUUUCGCUUUUAAACGUUCUUUUGGCAGGAACAAAAGGGACAAAACAAUCAAGUCAAUCAGCCACAAAAAGGACAAAAAGGUCAUGUAGAUAUUGUUUUCGUAUUUCCACAACCUCCUGUAGAUACACUGGUAAUGCUAAUUGUGUCCAAUAACUCAUAUUCAGCCAAAACAUCUUAAGUUAUUGAAAAAAAUGGCUUGUUUGUUUUUAAUGCCAACUGAAAACUGUUACUGAUAAUGUCUAUUGAUUUUUUUUUUGUUGUUGUAGGAAAUGAUGAAAAACUGAAUGUUUGUGAUAACCUGGACACCUAAUGCUAUUUUCAUAAGGACAUAAGAAGCUGAUGUGCUUAAAACUU